UCCCCUCUUACUUCACUCUAUUGUUAUACUCGUAUCGGCAGUGAUCAGCGGUGACCGUGGUGUUAUGUUGACAUGACAGAUUUCGUAACCCGAAAUUUUCGAAAAGUCAACUUUAACGAUAUCUCGUUAGAACAGAGCUUUUUUUCUGCUAGAUUCUUUCGUUUCGUGCAAAAACGUGUCGAAUGAGUCUAAUUUGAUCAAAAUCGCAGGAUUUCAAAAAUGGAUUUACGCAACGACAUUAAGAAGGCAACGUCACUUGGUUCCAUAGAAGACGACGCCAAAUUCUAUCGACUGCAUGGACUGAGUCAGGCUGCCAAAGAUAAAAAAAUGAAUGAAAGGAAAGUGAAAAAACCACGAAACGCAAAUUUAGUAGAAAACUUCGACACAGAGAAUGAUGAUUAUAUGAACAGUAAUAUAAAUAGUAAAGUAAAACCUACUUUCGAUAAACAUGAUGUUUCUGCUGCUGUCAGAGAAGUAAAUGGUGGCCGUGAUCUUUCAAACAAAUGUUGGGAAGAAACCUAUUCGAAAAAUCUUAACCGUAUGGAGACACAAUCUAAAAAUGAAACGUCUCAGAAUUCUUCCAAACAUGAUAAAGAAACGGAAAAUCUACCCAAGGCUAAAAACUUAAACGACAAAUAUAUCAAGCAAAAGGAUAAAUGGUAUAGAAAUGCUGCUAUCAUGGGUCUCGUGAAAGCAAAAAAGAUUUCAAUGCAGGAUUUAAUUAAUUCUAGCGAUGAAAACUCAGCGAGAAACGAAGACGGACCAGAUACCUUGAGACUAUUCUCUAAACGUAAGAAAAAAAUAUUUCUCACCUUACGUCAGCAUGGAACCGCAUUCAACGGGUGUAUAACGGACUGUGAUAAAAACCAAGUGGAAUCAGUUCCCCUUCGUGAAGAUCCUGAAAUCUUUGUUCACCCUUUGCAAAUGGGACUAGAUAAAAAACAAUUCAAACACAUAGACUUUUCUAUACCACGAAUCGGCAAGAAGAAAAAAAUGACGCCAUUAGAGUUUUUUCUUGAAGCAGAUGACGAUGAUUUCUUUGAAUUUGUAAAGAACAAAGAAUAGUAUAUAGAUAUAUUAUUGUUUAGACAAAUGAUUAGUUAACAUUAUUAUUAUUAUUAUUAUUAUUAAGGAAUAGAUAUAAGAGUUGGAUAUGCAAAAAAAUAAUGGCAACACUGAAAUAAGUUAUUUGCUCUUCUAAUUUGUCUAUCUAAUUUACAUUUGUAAGAACGCAAAGUUUUAGGAUGCGAAAUCAAGUGUUAUUAUAGGAUAUAAAAUUGCUGUAGAAACAUAUCUCACGCAUUUUGGCGCGAGAUACUAUCGCGAUUGAUAUCUUAAUUUACAAAGAUGAAAAAACAAUGAGGAUUAAGAAAAAGAGAUGAAUACAAUUCUUGUGCGAAAAAUCCAAUAUUAAAAGAUAUCUUUAAAAAAAUAUACUGUGUUCAGGUAUUGCCACACGGAGUAGCAGGAUAUUCUUAUACGUACAAUGACUCACGAAACUAAUCAAAUAUAUCACACAAUUAUCUGUGAUUAACAAAAAAAAACAAGCAAUCGACAAAAACAGCCUGAAUAUCAAUAUAACAUAUAAACAAAUAUAUAUUUAUGAUCUUGCUACAGAUACCUUUGUUCACAAAUUUUCAAAAAAGAUUUAGUCAUAAUAGUACAAUUUGAUCAGUUAUGUAAGUCGUAUAUUACAAACAUGGCUGUAAUGUUGUUUUAUAUUAGUGCCAUUUGUUGAAAAUUAACUAGAAAUUAUUAAAAAACUACGAAGCCUAAUAAUAAACGCUAUAGCAUUACUGUUUAUGUAACGAUAAAUAUUAUUUAUAAUAAAGAACUAUAUGUAAUAAAAAGAAAGUUCACUUAUCUUUUACAAAGAUAGGUGAAUUGUGAUGUGUUUUUUUUUGCUUGACGUAAUGGUAUGAAUAUUAUUUUUUGAUAUAGAAAUUAUGCAAUAAAAAAUUCUAAUUACACUUAAAAGAUGUUGCUGCUAUCCAACUCUUUAUAUCCAACUCUUAUACACAACGUCUCGAAUACGCUGAAAUAAAUUAUUAAUUUAGAUAUUCUAACAUUUAUUAUUAAAACGUUAAUGGAUUUUUCAGCAUAUGUAAUUGAAAACUAGGUAUGUAAUAGCUUGUAAAAAUUAAGUAUCGACAGUUGUUAACAGAAUGUUAAAGUUUAGAAUUUGCUUGUUGUCAGCAAA